GCUUGGAUACUUGAAUAUCUGUAACUUCUGUACACUUCCGGUCAGUGUUUGAUGCCUGCUUGGAUCGUAACAGCUAACAAUAGUCUUAUUUAAUCCUAACUUUGCUAUUACAUGUAACUACUUGUUUACACUAAACUAGUCAUUCAAGUUAGCUUGGGAACUUAAGUCAUUCUCUCAAAAAAAUUGUAUCUCAUAAAUAUACUUUGUCAACAAAAAAACUUUAUUGGUGUUGUAUAUCGUAAUUUAUCAGCKUUUAUAUAGCUCUUAAUUGCACUAGCGUUAUUUUUAACCCGGCAUCCACAUUGCAAACAAAUUCACGUUAGUUGUUUUUCUCAUGCGCGCUUCAUGGUUGACAGUUCUGUUUAUAGUUUUACUUAUCGAGAAUAAAUAGACCUUUGUACCUUAGCAAAUAUUAACUCCGGUCGGAAUUGCUUGCGCAAUAGUUGCCUCAUCUGCUGGACAGUAUAGCUUUCAAUGGAUGAACAAGAUAUAACAGAUAUGAAACAACGACUGAAGUCCAUUCGUCGAUAUAAAAAGCGAAUGUGGAAAGGAAGGAAGAAAGAACGAAUCCGCAGAGAACGCGCUGAGCACUGUCAAUUGAAAAUACAGAGCAAAGACAGUAAACACGUGGCAAUCAAAGCUGUAUCUUCACAAACUACUGUAUCGAAUCAAAUGGACAUUCUUCCCGCUGAGCUGGAAGCAAAGAUAAAAAAUGCCUCUUCACAAACUACCCCACCGCAUCAAAGUAACAUUAUUCACGUUCCUGAGUCAAGGGGGAAAUCAUUGCUKAAGGCGGCCAUUGGAYSGAAUUCGAAAACAGAAAAAAGCAUUUCCSGYGAUAAAAKGGUACAUAAGCGUGCUGCCCAGUCACCAAAAGAUGAAAAUUCUUUGGCAGAGAAAAGGAAAAAACAAGCCCAUCAUGAACAAAGUGUCAGAGAGCUAGAUUCCAGUUUAUUAGUUCGAGAUAACGAUGAGCRGAUCUUAGKUAGUGGUACUUUUGGUAAAUGCUACGCAGCUAAGUAUCGUGACAUAUCUGUAACUGUCAAGGAGUACCAUGACCACCGUGAAAUGAAAAGCCUGGCAACUUUGAAAAAGUCGGCAUACAAAGAGGCUAAAAUGAUUCUGUCAUUACAUGAUCAUCCUGGUGUACCUCUGUUAUUUGGAUUAUGUUCAUUAACGAAGCCUGUAAGGCUUAUUUUACUGUUUCAUGGCGACAAAAACAAUAACACUAGCGAAACAAUUUAUAGUGCAACCAAAAACAAAACGCUGCUUGACGAAAAAUCGUGGCGUAACGUAUUGUGUCUGACUGCCAUAGCACUAAAUCAUGUUCACAACUGUGGUGUAAUUCACAAUGACUUAAAGGCAAACAAUGUUAUCUUGGAGCCAAACCUAAAUCCUGUUAUUAUUGAUUUUGGACAAAGCGUAAAAGCUAGUGAAGCAAAGCCCCGAAAGCAGUCCUUUCACAACAGAGAAUGGAAGGAUUCGUACAUUGCGCCUGAAGUACGUGACGGUACAGGAAAACCAUCCACAAGUAGCGAUAUUUUUUCCUUCGCAAAAAUGGUGCGUUUCGUCAGCAGUAGAUGCUGUUGUUACGCCUCGGAAAGUAUCGACAAAGCUAUUUCCAGCAAGCCUUCGGAAAGACCGAGCUUGGAUACUUUUAUAUCUGAGUAUUCAAUUGACUCACUGAAGCAAAAAUAGCUAUGUUCCAGAUAUGUUGGGCCGUAGAGAUCCAUAUUAAUACGUCAUAGAUAUUAUACAAUUUCGGCGUUUUACAGGCCCAAUCGCAUUGAUCAUUUGAUAGCAGUAAUAAGACUAAGAGCUCUGUACAGUAUGACGAUAAGGUAACCAAAUUGAAAACUUUGUGUUUUGUUGUUAAUGUUGUUUUUUUUUUUUGGCCUGCUCUUUUACUGUAACUUUAUUCGGUGUUGCCGUAAUAAAAGUUAUGAACUGAAACGAGCUCCUUCAUUUUUCAUUUUUAUUUUAACUUGUUUCUUUAAUCUUUUCUUUGCAACAUUCUGGAAACUGUUUCGCGAAAACUUUAUUUACAAAGGCAUCAAGCUCAGGAAAUCCUAUACGGUUCGCCUUAAAUAAAUGUAAUUCGUAGAACCACAUUCAAAUAAUGUCUGAACAUUGCCUGUCAACAAAUGCUCGUUAAUAAACAGAGUUUCCUACUAGAGUGGUACAGAGGUGUCGGCAUAGUGUUAAAAUAGGUAAAAAAAUAACAUAUGCAAAUUAGCUUAAGAUGGAAUAAGUCCAUCUUAACCUAAUUAGCAUAAAGUUUUUUAGCCGGCCUAAGCUUCUCAUGCUAAGUAAGAAGAUACUCAAAGGACUGGCGCGAACUGCCGGAAUUACUUUAGGGGGUCUUUUCAUAGGUUAACUUACCAUUACUCUUUUCGCUCUUGCAUCAUGAACACUCGAAGCGUGUCCYGACUUUACCAACGUGCCGCCGAGCAUGAGCUAAAACAACACAUCAACUUUUCUCAUCAAAGCUAUCGACACUCCCGUUACCAACGUCUUCGAUUGGCUCACUUCUUUCUCGAUUGCAUGGACCUCGUUUGUGGUAUUCACGUGACUCCUGAAGUCAUGAGCCCUACCGUUUACAAGUACCUACUAGCACAGCAAAAGUCAACGAUCGUCAAAACAAAGAAGACAGAGAAUACUACAGCGAUCUCGUCACGAUGACCAUGCAAGCCUCCAACAACUCCUACUGGGGACGUAGCGAAUUCAAAAGAAAAGACAAGUUUAUAUUUCCUGAAGGGCUUCUGCGCCAUUCAUUUUUAAAGUUACUUCGAAGCCUCAACAUUGAUCAAGUUCAACCUUGGUACAAGGAGCCAUGGUACAACAAGAAGUCAACACCCGCAUCAUGAACUUUAUCUACCAACGUCUACACGAUUACGAAUUAGAUCACCUUCCUUUUCAACCGUCACCCCAUUUUACCCGCCGUCAACAAAUCUUGAUGACUCUUUUACUGCUUGAUUGUCUCGAUUAUAUUCUUGGAAAACAGCCACCACCUCACCGUCUAGGCUACUUUAGAAAUGGCGUUCACAACGGAUGGUAUGCAGAAAUGGGGGAUGAUUACCACGCAACCUUUAGCGACAAAAAACAAAAAAACAAUCAUCGUAACAAACUCCUUAACGCCCUUUGCUGUAUUCUCGCUGGACGCUUCCCCAUCCUCAUCGAACUUUUCCCCACGUGGUUAAUGUGUUUUGAAUUUAACUGCCUCGCUUGGCAAGCUGAUAUCAAAACCAGGGCAAUCUUCAGCCGAAGCACAACUAAACCCAAGUCCAAAUUUUACCUCUACUGUUGCCGCCACUAAUUAUGGAAGAAGCCCUCAUUAACAGUAAUGAAUUUCAGUACAAAGCAUUUUACAAGGCGCCCACUUGUAAAUGUGAACGUACUUCACAUUAUUACUUCACCAAAAAAGGCGGGACGUGUGACUGUACUACAUUAGAAGACGCGCGCAAACACGCCGACACCGUUGUCUUUGUCUGUCGUCAACUCACCCCCACGUGGUGUACCUUUCGAUGUGAGAUUAACGAAAGUCAAUUCAGCAACGAUGAGUGGCAUGAAUUGUGGUUGUUCAAACAAAAGCAAGAAAGGCUUUGCUUCCGUGGGUAUCAAAUUUCCAGUGCUCGUGACUCCGCCUCCAUCCACUACUGCGAUCGCGAUUGGGUAGAAAUGAGUCUCAAGCACCACCCCACACUUACCGACACUAUCAUAAACAUAGAACCUCCAAAUCCUCAAAUCACUUCGCUCCCAAAAUCCAUCGUGUAAAGAAAGUCGUCUGUGUAUCAUGAGUACUCUACAACAAGAACCAACAGCAACACCGCCGCCAUGUUUUUGUGGCGCUCCUUUCAAAAGCUUUACUUCUCAAAAAAAGGAAGCCUAUUGGAAAUGUGGAGUGACGGUUGACUACAAGGGUAUCUUCGAAGAACUCAAGUCCGCCAAAGGAAAAGGCGCCAAAGCCAAAAGGGAACAUGUGUGCAACCAUGCCUCCCUUGGGUGCAAACUCAACAUCAAACAAGAAGACUACGGACACAUCCACCCCUACCUUUUUACCAUUGGUCCCAAGUGCCACCCCAAGUGYGAGGAACAUAAUCUCUUUGCCAAGUUAAACGUCAGCCAUUCUGAAAACAACUACAACCGCGCCUUCUUCACGUGUUGUGUUAACUACCCUGACAUCUCCUGCUCGUAUUUUGCCUGGUGUGAUGAAAUCAUUCCUGACCAACAACAAGAACAAGAGCAAGAGCAAUCUUCUCCUGAACAGUACCAUUACCAACUCCACGAACCCCCCGCCAAGCGUCCACGUGAUCAACUGGAAUGGACUGGUGGUCCCCCAACCAACUCCAAGUUUCAAUUUCCUCCUGCACCACCACCCAAGUUCCAAUUUCUUCCACCACCACCUCUCUUCCCCAAUGGCAAACCUCCUUACCCUAAAGACACUAGACCCAAGGUCAUGUACCCAGGCUAUAACCCCGGUUUAUUUUAGAAACAAUGUAUUAGUUUUUUGCGAAAUAAAAUCAUUGAUGUAACCUAA